AUGGACAGCAUCGUCCAUCAGAUUCAUACGCUCUCGACGCAGAAUGAGAGCGACCUCAAGAAGCUCAAGGACUUCCUGAGACACGAGCAGGAGACCCUCAAGGCGAAUGCCUCCCAAAUCGAUCAAGCCCUGCAAGCGCUGGAUCCCGUGCAGUGCACACUGGGAGCGGCCUACCUGCUCCAGGCGCAGCUCAGCGCGGGCGUCUUCGCAAACCAGCGAGCGACCUUCGCUUUCAUCUGCAACUUCCUCCAAGUCGCAGAUGGACUCCAGGCCAAGAAAGCUGCCUCUCCAAUGACGGCGGUCUGCCGGAGCUUCUCGCAGAUGGCCAUCGACCUCGGGCAGCAGGCCAUGCUGAAAAGCCUGCCUCCGUUGCGCGCGGCCCUCGAGAAGCUGCAGGACACGCCGGAGACCUUGACGCCCGUGCACGCGGAGUUCCUUCGGGUUUGCCUGAAGGUGAAGGUCUACCACCUUGCGGCGCGGCUCCUCGAUCAGCCCAUCUUCGAUAUCUCUGCUAGCAACAGCGCUGGCAACGGCAGUCCUGCCCAAGUGACACCUCAGAGCUUCUUGAGCUACUUCUACUACGGAGCGCUGGUGCGAAUCGGAAUGCGGGAGUUCCUCAAAGCCCUGCAGUUCCUGUUGGUUGUCCUCACCUGCCCUGCAUCCUGUUUGAGUGCCAUCCAGGCGGACGCGUACAAGAAGUACGUGCUGCUGUGCCUCAAGGUGCAUGGUGAGGUCAAAAUGCUGCCGAUCUACACCUCGCACAUCCUCGUGAGGUAUUCGAAGAGCCCGAGCUACGUUCUGGACAUUGCAGAGGCCUUCAAGGCUGCUGAUGCCAUCGCAAUGCAGAGGAUCAUUGAAGAGAAGCAGCCGGCCAUAGAGGCGGACCAGAAUAUGGGCUUGGUCAAACAGGUUCUCUCGUCAAUGAGGAGACACAAGAUCCUGACCUUGACCAAGACGUACCUGACGCUGUCGCUGGCAGAGAUCGCCACCGAGGCCGGUCUGCAAGGUGAUCAUACCGAGGCCGAGGCCGUGCUCUUCGACAUGAUCUCGGAGGGUGAGAUUCAGGCCAGGAUCGACCAGCGCACCGGCAAUGUGUCCUUCGAGGACGCAGAGGACCUGGACAUGGACAUGAUGCAGACGCUCGAGGGAAAGCUGAGCCAGAUCAUGGAGCUGUCUCAGAGGAUCAGCGGCUUCGAGCAAGAGGUGGUGACGAGCGAGUCCUACGUCCGCAAGACGAGUGUGCUGGAUGUUUCCGCAGGUGAGGAUUGGGGAAGGGGGGUUUUCGUUUUCGCUCUUGCCCUUCCUGCUUGGUUUUGUCAGCUCUUUGUUGGCCCGUUCUACCGGUACAGCACGCUUCCUUGGCAGAACGUCCUGCGGGCUCUAUGUCCUACGACCUCAUGGACAUGUGAGCGGCUGGACUUGCAGCACUGCCUGUCGCAGCGAAAUCUCAAGGUCAAGACGCUGACGGGGAAGACUAUCACGCUGGAUGUCGAGGCGUCUGACACCAUCGACAACGUGAAGGCCAAGAUCCAGGACAAAGAAGGCAUCCCUCCCGACCAGCAGCGCUUGAUCUUCGCCGGCAAGCAGUUGGAGGACGGCCGCACCCUCAGUGACUACAACAUCCAGAAGGAGUCCACGCUGCACCUGGUGCUGCGCCUCCGCGGCGGCGUCAUCGAGCCAUCCCUGGCUGUUCUGGCGCGUAAGUUCAACUGCGAGAAGAUGAUCUGCCGAAGAUGCUACGCUCGCCUGCAUGCCCGGGCGGUGAACUGCCGCAAGAAGAAGUGUGGACACUCCAACCAGCUCCGUCCCAAGAAGAAGCUGAAGUGA